AUGUUGAGUACAUCAUAAACUAGAAGUACCACUGAAACUAUUAGUCGUGUUAUUGUUGAUAAAAACUAUGUGAUAGUGAAGAAUAUUUACAAAGGAAAAUAGUAUAACCUAUACUUAGGUAAUAUAUGAUGAAGUUAAAAGAUAGUUAGCGAUUAAACAAGAAUAGUCAGAUGAUAUUGAUUCAUUUGAACACUAAGAGAAAUAUUAUCUUAUUAAAAUGAAAAAGUAUAUCAUAUCAUAAUAAUCUAGAUAAACUUAGUAGAAUGAGGCAAUUCCAGAACUUUAGUUUCUAAUUAGAUUAAAAGAUUGUAACGAAAUCACCUUAUUUUAGCUAAUUGUGUUCCCAUUCUCAUUAAUCAUGGAGAGUAAGUGAUUAAAGGAUCCAAAUAUCAUUACUAAAUAAUGGAACGACAUGGUCCUUCAAUUAAACUUAUAUACAAUUAUUUAUCUAGAAAUAUACCAUUACCAAUUAUAUGUUUGAUUGCAAUUUAAGCAGUAACUACUAUGUUAUAUUCUUAGUUGACUUGUCUAGAAAUUGUUCAUAAACAUUAAAUUGUUCAUAGAAAUCUACGACCUAAAAAAUUGUUGCUUUCAACAAAUGGAAAUUAAAUUUUAUUAAGUGAUUUCAAAUAUGCUUGCAAAUUUAAAAAAUAAAAUGGAUCCAUAAUGAUAAACGAAAUCUAUAAAUUAAAUUCAAACAAAUUAUUUCUAAAUAAAUAUUCAAGUGUUAGUUAACAUCUCAAUUAAGGUAAUCAAUAAAUUAAUUUUUAUAGUCCCUACACCAAAAGACGACUUAGAAUCCUUAGCUUAUAUAUUACUUAUAUAUGCUUCCAAUUCCAAUAUAUUCUAAAUUAAGGCUGAAAAUAAAACACUUAAACUUAAAAAAUUAGAGAGUAUUAAAUUAUCAAUUAUUCCUGAAAUUGCUUUUAAAUAAGCUCCUCUUGAAUUCAUUCAUUUCUUACAUCUUGUAAAGACUAGUAAUGCUAACGAUUAUCCUUAAGAUUAUGAGAAAUUUAAGCAAUUAUUUAGAAAAAUCAUUUUGUCUAAUGGAUAUACUGAAAAAGAACUCUCAUAUCCUUUAUUUCAUAUGAAUUUUUAAGAAAAGACUCAAUAAUCACAAUUUCAAAGUUAAAAUAGUAAAUUUAAGAAAAUGUAACAUCAAAAAAUGAGUUCAGAAUCAAUCAAAGAAGAAAAUGCAGAUGAUGAGAUAUCACUCUAUUAAAUAGAAAAGGUUGGUGAAGACAGAACUAUAGAACCAUUAAUUAAAGGAUUAGCAAUGAAGUAAUUUAAACAUAUUUCUUAUUUAAAUUAACCUUAAGUUGGAUCAUAAAUCGUAAAGCUUAAAUUUACUAAAAAAUGA